AUGGAAGGAUGUGGUGACAACUUCCGCAAGCAAGUCGAUGAAGUUGAGGUUGAUGAGGGCGGUAAAGAUGGAGAGACCCGCUCUAAGGCAGAGGCCAAGUGUCGGGACGAGGCUGAACAGGAUUCCUGCGAUGCCGGAGGAGAGAACGAGGCCUCGAACCGGGCUGUAGCUGCGCUUGGGGGUCUAUGUAUCGAGAAGCGAGUUCGGUGGAUCGACAAUGUGCAACAACGAGAUGAUGUUGUGAGGUUUGAGCUUGAGCUCAAGCGUCUCCCGACGGCAGUCACGACCACAGUGGUGUUGAUGAGGAGAAGGAUAAUCAGGAAGGCCAAGCUCAGUCGUCGAUGGGAGGUGGAAGAGGAGGAAAAGCCGGUAGAAGGCUCAGUAAGAAGUCGGCUGUGGUUGGUUAAGAAGAGGAUCAGAUCAUCUGAAGCUGACGCCGAGAUCAAACAACACGCCUUGCUUCCGACUAUGCCGGUCAAACUGCCAACCAAGGCCAAGAUGGAGAAGAGCAAGAGCGGGUCAGGCACAAGCAACAGAUUCCUGAUUCUCACUUUUGUGGCCCGGGCCAGCUUUCUUCUGUCCUCUCCGCCCGCAGUCAGCCAUGAGCACCGGCUGAAAAAGGCCGUCCUCCCGGUGCAGUCGUGA